UGUAUCGUUGUCGAGGAGAAUGCGACACCCUGGUCGUGCGAGAUGAGCGCGUCGGACUUGUUGCUGUUGCUGCCGCUGCCUUUGCAUCGUCCGAGUGCAAUUGUGGGAGUGGAGGUGGAGGUGGAGGUGGCGGAGGAGGAGUUGUAGCUUUCGAGGAAUGUGGCAGAGGAGGCGGAAUUGGCCGGUCAGGACAUGAAUGGGAUUGUAUUGGGGUCGCGCUCGCUGGAGAUGGUGUCGCGGCGUGACUUGUUUGUGAAAUUUGAAAGUACGCAGGUGGGAACCAGAGCCUCCCUUCCAUGGGACGUACCGCGGCCGACGAUGGAGGUUUUUAGGCGUUCCGUGGAGCUACUGUGGGAACAGUAGAGUUUAGGAGCGAGGUGCAUAUCGGGAAUUGAUGGGCAGUCCCCUUCUCCACGUUGCACUUUCGACGAUCCCGUCUUGUGUUUCCAAAAGCAUGGCAGCAUUCGAGGGAGCCAAUCAGCGAUUGAAGGAAAUGGAGCGACUGAGAAAGGAACAGGAUCUCGUAAUUCGGAAAAUCAAUAAAAUUCACUCCAAACUGUCUCAAACUCCCCCAGAAAAAGCAGAGAAGUAUGGCGAGAAGCUGUGGUUCCAACUCCGGGGGUUUUACGUACAGGCUAAAAAUUUAGCUGACGAGGAAGAGUCCCUCAUUGGAAACAGCAUCACCGAAAUAGAAGCUUUGAUCGCUCCUGGACAGGCACCUCCACACCGCAAGAAAUCUGAGGCUUCUAAUGAGCAGAAGCGCAAGCGAAUUAAGACCGAGACAGACUUGCCAAGAUUAUCGUCCCCUGCACUUCCUCGUACACCUGCUGCACAUUUGAGCGUUUCUGUCGGCGAUCAAGUGGCAGCCAGAGUCACGGCCGAUGAAGCUGAAAACCACGAGUGGAUUGUAGUAAAAGUUACUGGGAUCGACAGGGUAACAAAUGAAUUUGAAGUCAUCGACGAAGAACCAGACGACGAUGGCGAGAGUGGUCAGAGGGCGUACAAGUUGUCUCACACUUGCAUUAUACCCUUCCCCAAGCGCUCAGAUGCAAGCAACGUCACGGACUUUCCCCCUGGUUCAAACGUCUUGGCACUUUACCCUGGCACGACUGCUCUCUACAAAGCGUCUGUUGUCGGCCCCAACAGGAAACGAAGAAAUGAGGACUACUUGCUGGAAUUCGACGGAGAUGAAGAAGAAGGGAUGGACGGACUCCCGAAACGGCAAGUACCAUUUUAUCACGUUGUUACACUACCUGAGGGACAUCGGCAAUGACUUUUUUUAAUUUGGUAUUGUCAACCGUGGUCAGAUGUACAUACAAACUUUGACCUCCAGACUUAAGCCCACUGAAUGAGAGUCCCGUUGUAUUUCAUUGUACAAAGACAUACAAACUUGCGUGUGAAUUUGGUCUGUCUAAGCAGCCAUCACAUGUACUCAACACCGUUUUUGAGAUUGGGAAAACAUAGAUCAGUCAGUAGGAUAGCAAAUUCGGACAUUGUAAUCUAGGUAUAGACUCGUGGUUGCUCUAUAGCUUGUUUUCUUGUCAGUAGGACAGGAGCUUAGCAGCCCCGAUGCUCUCAACAUUGUGCUACCCCUGAAUUCAAAGUUUGUACACCAGUUGUGUUUUGCAUUGC